UGCAUUGCGGCUGCCAAAUGUCGUUCGCCAUGUUGUGAAGUGGUUGUUAUUACGAGCGUCAAAUCCUUUUUUUAAUCCAAUGUCAUCACGACUUGAGAAAUGAUAUAAUGAACCCCGGAUGCCCAUUUUAAAUAUGUCCUCUGAAGUAGCCUGGGACACCACUAACCGUGGUAUGUUGACAAACGGUGGUCACCACAGUGGUGGCCAUCACUCUGGUGGUCAGCAUCAACACCAUCAUCAUCAUCACCAUCAUAAUCCACAGCAACAUCAACACCAGCAGCAGCAGCAACAUCACGGUGGUGGUGGCGGCGGCGGCGGUGGUCAAGAUAUGAGCGGGAUGCGACAACAUGGCAUGGCUAGUCGUUCUCAAGACGAUGCCAGAGUUGGUUAUUUCUUCCAGAGACCUCAGACCGAUGCCGAAUUGGCCAACUACGGCAACAAACGUUGGGCUGCAGGUGACGACAGCCUUAUCGAACAGGGUCGUGGAAUGACUGUACAGGACUUGGAAAGGGAGUUCCAUGCUGUCAGUUUAAGCCAGAGGGAGGUAAUGCGAUAUCCUCAAGCAGAUACCAACCCUAUGACAGGGACUCCAUAUUUACCACAAGGAAGAGCAAAUAAGAUGAAUGCACACAAGAAAAUAUGGGAUGUUGAAGAUGAUGGUAAGAGUCAAGAAGCAAACAAGGGUAUUUUUUCAAGUAGCCCUUGGACACCACGUGAUAACACCUGGAGCACUGCAGAUCAUACUGUAUCUCAGCCAUUAAGUGUUGUUCAAAGGCGUGCCAGUAGUUUUACUAACAAUGAAGUGAACAGUGUACUUUCUCCUCGUUCAGAAACCAAUGCCCUUGGUGUAAAUAUGGUGGAAUAUGUGUUAAACAGUUCCCCGACAGGAAAAGAUCUUAACCCUAGAAUGAAUAGAUUAAAAAAUUUUUCAGAUGCUUCAAUGGACAAUUCUAAUGAUAAAAAAAGCAAAACUCCAUCUCCGUUUGAAGCAGGGGAUGGUAGUGAUCUGGAGAAACAGGAUGCUUUACAAACAAAUGGAAUCCUUCAAAACGGAUUAGAUGAAGACGACGGAUAUCGAUAUUGUACAUAUUUCAGCGGAAGCCGCCAGAACUCCCCUAUCGAUGAAGUGAAGGUGAACCAACCUACCAUCUUGGUGGAUGGGCAAAAAUUGAUGAAGUCGGAGUCAGAUUUUCUUGAAGCUCAGCAUACUCUGGCUCAACAAGGGUUUCAAAUUGAUCCUAAUACAUUUGAGCCUGUUGCUAUUGAUCCCCUUCAUUUUGACUACCCUAAUCACUUGAUGCCAUCAAUGGACAGUCCAAACUUCAACAUGGAUUACACUCAGCUUCUUCAGCGUCAACAACAGCCUAUUGCAGUACUCACACAGCAACAGUAUGCUCUGGCUGCCCAGCAGCAGCAAUUAGCGAUCACAUCUCCUUCAAACCCCUACGUAGUCAAUUCUCCUGCUGCUGCAGCUCAGGAUCCUUACGCUGCCAUGGGGUUUCAUAUUGCAGCUACUGAAGGCACAUAUGCUGCCCACAGAGAGAGCUCUGGUGUUGAACACCAGCACUUCAGCUUACAAGGUCCUGCUGUCAUCCAUCCUCAAUACUACAGUGUACAAGCUCCUUGGUUAUAUCCAGCUAAUUUGAUUCAACAAGGGCAACAGCCCCACCCCGGGGCUGCUGCCCAGUCCGCUGCUGCUGCUGCACUCAGUCAGCAGCAACAACAACAACUAUUGCGCGGUCAGUCUGGACGACCUGUUACUCCUCAACAGCAAAGUGAAAAUAUACCUGCAUCUGCUCUUCAAGCACAAGCAUUACAGACUCCAAAUGCUCCAGGUUACCAAUUCUUGGCUACUGCAUAUUAUGAUCAAAAUGGACAGCUAGUGAUGGGUAAUCCUCGAGGGAUCGGUACACCUGUCAGGUUGGUUUCACCUGCUCCAGUUUUGGUGAAUACAGGUAAUCAGCAAGGUAAUGCUAAUUCAAUCAGCAAUAACCAAUUACGACUGUUGACCACACAAGCCCAACAGGCUCAGACUCCUCCUGUCAUUUAUUCUAGUAACAACUCUAGCAACAGUGCCACACCCCAGCAAAACAAUACCCUUGGUGGAAGUGGAUACACCCCGUCAAGUACUCUGCCUGGUUACACUCAAGUUACAUCAAGUCUAUUCACACCCAUUAGUGCCAACCUGGGGCUUACACCACAACAGCAAAACAACUACAAUGGGCCGGCUGCUAGUCUUGGUGGCUCUGCCCCUGGAGCAAUUGGUUCUGGGUUAAAUAACCAACGUCGUGAUUCAUUAGAUUUUAAAAGACAACAGCCAACAUCGGUGCUGUUUAACCAGUAUUACAAUCCCAUUGGUGGUAUGUCUGGUGCUCCAGCUGGACCAAUGGGUCUUGUACAACCAGGUCAGUCAGUCACACCUCCACCUUCCUUGUCAGGUUCCACAUCAAAUCUGUCGAUAGGGUUGGGUAAUACAGGCAGAUUGGUUUCUGCUGCUCCUGGUGCUGAAACUAGAUUUCGUAAUGGCCCCCUGCCCCCUGGUGGUGGUGGCGGCGGUGGUAGUGGUGGUCUUCUCACUGGUGGUGCAUUAUUCAAUCGCACACACAGGAGUGCCAGUCUAUCCAAAGAAGUGUCUGGGAGGAGUCGUUUACUGGAGGACUUCCGAAAUAACAGAAUUCCAAAUCUCCUCCUCAAAGAUCUUGCCAAUCAUGUUGUAGAAUUUUCACAAGAUCAACAUGGAUCCCGAUUUAUCCAACAAAAGCUGGAGAGAGCAACUCCACAAGAGAAAGCCAUGGUCUUUAAUGAGAUCCUUUCUGCUGCUUAUAGUUUAAUGACAGAUGUGUUUGGGAAUUACGUUAUUCAGAAGUUCUUUGAAUUUGGUGUUAUUGAGCAGAAGCAAACAUUGGCUCAACGUGUGCGUGGCCAUGUUCUUUCUUUAGCACUGCAGAUGUAUGGCUGUCGGGUCAUUCAAAAGGCUUUGGAGUCUAUUCCAUCUGACAUGCAGGUUGAAAUUGUAAAAGAAUUAGAUGGACAUGUACUAAAGUGUGUCAAAGACCAGAAUGGAAACCAUGUUGUACAGAAAUGUAUCGAGUGUGUUGAACCAAAUCAUCUUCAGUUCAUUAUUGAUGCUUUUAAAGGACAUGUGUUCAGUUUGUCUACACACCCGUAUGGUUGCAGAGUGAUCCAACGCAUUCUUGAACACUGUACUGCAGAACAAACAACUCCCAUUCUCGAGGAACUCCAUGAACAUACUGAAAGACUUGUUCAAGACCAGUAUGGUAAUUAUGUUGUGCAGCAUGUUUUGGAACAUGGACGAGCUGAAGACAAAAGUAAGAUAGUCGGAGUAAUCAGAGGAAAAGUACUUGAUCUCAGCCAGCACAAAUUUGCCAGCAAUGUGGUGGAGAAAUGUGUGUCUCAUUCCUCAAGACAAGAACGAGCAUUUCUAAUUGAGGAAGUUUGCUCAAUGAAUGAUGGUCCCCACAGUGCCUUGUAUACAAUGAUGAAGGACCAGUUUGCUAACUAUGUUGUACAGAAGAUGAUUGAUGUGGCAGAACCUGCUCAACGCAAGAGUCUAAUGCACAAGAUCCGUCCACACAUUGCCACUUUGCGCAAGUACACUUAUGGGAAACACAUCUUGGCAAAACUGGAGAAGUUCUUCAUGAAAACAAACUCGGACAUGCCUCAAAUGAACAUGACACAGAAUGGACCUCUUCCCUGAGGUGACUUUUUCACAGCUUAACCUAUUUUAGGCAAUGGAUGUUUUUUUUUUUUUUUUCAUUUUCUAUUUUUUUUUUUAAAGAUAAAAUUUCCCCCCUCCCCCACCUCAUUGUCAUAAAAGGAUAAGUUAGUUAAAAUGCGGGCUGGUAGAUUGGUUGAUGACCUUGAUACAGUGUUAAGAAAUGUCUAAUUCUAGAGAUGAUGGUGAAUAGACAUGGAGCCCUAAAUCAAAUUCUAUUGUAGCUGCACACUUACACACACACACACACACACACAUAAACAUACAUGCAUGCACACACACACACACAUGCACGCACACACACACACACACACACACACACACACUGCUACAAGUUAUAACUUCCCCCAUCCCCUGUGCAGUACCUUGCACCAAUGUUUUGUAUCUGGUUGUGGUAUUAUUCCUAUAUAAUGAUCACUUAAGUUGUUUUAGAUAUUGGGAUCUACAUGUAGCAUUAUCAAGUUCAUUAUCUUAUUUACUCCCCACCCCCUUUCCCCCUUUGUUCAACAGCCCCCUCCCCCGCCCCCCUCCUCCAUGUCUUUUUUAGUAUCGGUGUUAUGUGUGUGUUACUGAUUUGAAAUCUCAGACAAUUCAUAUUAAAUUUGACAGUUUGUGAAACUUCCCAUGUUGAUGUCAUGACAAAUUGACUUUUAGUGAGGUAAAUGUUUAUUAUUGAACUGAAUCAUUCUUUGUUGAUGAAACUUGGAAAUUUGUAGAUUUUAUGUGAACAAGCUGCCAUAUCCUUGAACACACCACACAAAUUUCUCGUAUAUGUAUGUAUAUUUUAUAUAUAUAUAUAUAUAUAUGCAUAUAAAAAAAAAUGCCAGUUUUAGAUUCUGAUAUUGUGAACUGUUUCCAUUGGUCACUUAAAGAGCAAUUAUUCAAAUUAUUGUAAUACUUUUUCAUAUUUUAUUUUAAUUUUUUUUUUUUUUUGCCUAAUAUGCUUAACCUGUUUAUUACCUGUUGUAUGUCAAUAUAUCUAUAUAUGUAUGAAUAUACAUAUGCAAAAAAAAAAAAGAAAAAAUUCACCCUUAAAGAACAAAGGUAAUAGUGAACUUUGACAUUGCUACUUGUGUCUCCAAUUUUGAACAUUUUCUUUUUCUAUCCUUCACCCUUACUGUUUAUGCUGGGAAAUCACUUAAAUAUUUCACCCUGAACUCCAAAUUUAAACUUUAUUCUAUGUAUGUAUUCACUGCUGUGCCCCCGACUUCGAACUGCCCCCACUUUAAACACAUCCAGUUGACUGUUGGCAUUAAAUUUAGUCAAGUUAAGAUUAUUAUCUUCUAAAAAAAAAUUUUUUUUUUUUUUUAUAGACCAGACUCAAAUUUUCUAUUAUCUCCCUGCUUAGUUACUGGUGUUGACUUGUAUAAGCUACCAAGUCACUAGAUAGUUUGUCUCUACAAUUUGGUAUGUUCUUUUUUAUAUCAUAGAACAUGAUUUACUCAAUUUUGUAUUUCUGGCCAACAGAUCAGCCAGUGCUUUUUAUUUCUGUUCCUCUCCAGAAAUAAUCCCGUUUCAGCAUAGUAAUUUGAUUAAGGAAUGGGAUUAACCAUUUCAUUUGAUUCAACAUAAGUGCUUAUUUAGAGGUUUUGAUUCUUCAGUGAAGCUGUCUUAAUUUUCUUUAUCUAAGCUUUUUUUUUUUUUUAAAUAUAUAUAUAUAUAUAUAUAUCUUUUAGUUUUAGUUUUCUCAAGAUUUAUCAUCUUUCUCAAGUCUAGACAAACUUUGUCUAUAUGUCUUCCCUUUUUUUUUUUUGUUUUAACAUGUAGUAACCAUUUUCCCUCCUCUCUCUCUCUCUCUCUCUUAGUGUCCAUUCUUCAAUUUAUUCUGAUAUUUGUUUCAAAAAACUCUUCAAAAGUCAGCUAAUGCUGUGACUGAGUUCCAUCUCUCUCAGUAUGUGAAGUUUAGUUAUGUUACUGUGUUCUAGAACCGAGUGCCAACUCAUCUGCUUGCAUUUCUCUCUGGAAUCUCUGAUCCUUCUCUCAAUAGUUACCAAUUUCAAGAGUUUCAGUGACUCUGCUCAUCAUUCCCCCCCAACCCUCUGCUACGAUUAAUUCCUGUCCAGCACUAUUUGGCACUUUUAAAAAAAAAGGUAGUUCAUCUUUUCCAUUUUUUUUUUUUUUCUUUCUUCUUAAUUUCUAAACUGAACCAUCCAAAUUCUCCUCUGAAUCAUUUUAGUUAGUUUAGACAAUCUUCCUCCAGUUGGUUGUAGCAGCAAAAUUGUGAAAUAAAAACUGUAAAGUGUAAAUAUGUGUGUACACAGGUUCCAUCUGUAUAUUCACAUUUCUCGCUCUUUCAUCCCACCACCAUUCCACCAUCAUUAUCUUUGUAAGUAAUAAGGUGUCUCUCUCUGCUAUCAUUGCUCUGUGAUGUGGUGUGGUGUAUCUAUCUAUCUAUGUAUGUAUGUGUGCGUGUGUAUGCAUGUUUUUUCUUUUUCCUCCUCACUCUCCUUCAGAAUAGUGAGGCUGUUUGUCUUUCUGUCUACAAAUAUACACACACAUGCUCACAUACACACAUGGUGACCUCCCCCACUGACAAGCAACAGGAGCGGUGGUCGUAGAUGUGUUGUCACCGUCACUGCUGUUCAUCCAUCACAGGUGGGUCCUUACCGCUGCCAUUUGAUGUGAUAGUAUUUUUUUCAUUGAUGAAGCUUUUUUGGAGUUGUAAGAGAAACAUGAAAAUUUGUAAUCUUACGUGGAAAAGAUGCCACGAUUCUGUUGUAAAUCAAGCUGGCAUUUUGUUGGAACAAACUUUAUUAUAAAUUUUAGAUUUUUUUUUUAUCCCCCCCUCCACUAAAAUUAAAUCCUUGAAAAUGUUUUUAAUUUAAACUUUCCAAUAAAACCUUGUUGGCAGCGUGCCAUUUUUUAGUUCUCGUGUUUGUCUCAUCUAAAAUGUUUUAAAGUAGGCAAUCAAUAUGGUUUUGUUUUAUAUAUACAAUAUAAUUAUAUAUAUAUAUACAUAUAUAUGUAUGUAUAUAUUUAUUAAGGUGGUGCUCCAGCAUGGCCGUAGUUAAAUGACAAAAGAAUAUAUAUAUAUAUAUAUAUAUGUAUAUAUAUAUAUUUAUAUCUUAAUUUUGUAAUCAUUUCCUUUGCUGUUGAUCUUUGUCUAGUGUGUAGAUAUCUGGUAGUGAUAUAUAUAUUCAAAUUUUUUUUUUAAAACUAAGAACAAUCUCAAAACAAAAAAAUAUUUUACUCUUGAAGAGGUUUGUUUCGACAAAAUGUUCUGGCCAUUCUUCUUGUUUCUUUAUGCAUCUUGGCUGUACAUUCUUGUAGGAUUUGAAAUUCUUGUAUAGUUGUAAUAUAGCUGGCAACGGUAUUGUACAGACUACUGGGUGCUAUGUUUGUAUCAUGAAGUCUUAAUUUUGAUAUCAUUGUACAGUUUCUGCCAUAUAUUUGUUGUCCGAACAUUUCAGUAAUCCAUGUCUUCUGUCGGUGGUGUGUGUUUAUAUAUAUAUAUAUAUACAUAUAUAUAGUUGUAUGGGCUGUAGUGGCUAUAUUGGUCACCUGCAUCCUACAUCUACUGAUAUUUCCUGCUUUUGAUCUGUAAUUAAAUCUUAACAAAUCUAUUUCUAUUUUCUCUUCCCUUUUUUUUUUUUUUUUUUUUUUUUUUAAAUUUUUUCCCCUCUCUAUC